CUCUCUCUCUCUCUCUUGCUUCAAUUAUUAUUAUUAUUGACUUUUUCAAUGUUAAUCUUCAUCUCUCGCUCUCUCUUCUGACUUUCACCCUCUCUCUGUGUUUUCCUCCAUUUCUCUCACUCUCUCUCUUUCCUUUCUCUCUCUUCUUGUCCUCUUCCUCUCUCCCUCUGUGUUUCUCUCCCUUUCCCUCUCUCCUUCUCUCUCUCCCUCUCUCUCUUCUUGUCCUCCUCCUCUCUCCCUCUCUCUGUGUUUCUCUUCAUUUCUCUUUCUCACUCCCUCAUGCUCUGCACACCUCUUUCUUUCUGGCUCUUAUUUGCCUCACCACGUCUAUCACUCUCUCUGUUUCUCUCUCUUAUCUCUCCUGUCCUCUUCUCGGUAUGGUGAGGCUAACUCUGGGAGCUCUGGCACUGUUUGUAGCUGUGUGUGGAGUGUCCAGUUUUGUGUUGCUGGGGGUGGCUAUAGGGACAGACUACUGGUACCUCAUAGAUGUCGCUCAGAGGGAAAACAACUCCAACCUCUCUCUCAGCUCACACUCAGGACUAUGGAGGACCUGCAACUCCCAGAAGCUCUGUCAGCCAUUCGUCAACCCGUUUGAAGGCGGACAAAACCUCACCGACUCUUACAGACACCUUUUAAGUAUGCACGGGACAUUCAUGGUGAUGCUUCCUCUCAGCAUGAUCAUCAUGGUUGUUGGGGGACUGAUGGGGUUUAUCGGCCUGCUGGCCAGAGCCUACCUACUACUGCUGAUGACUGGUGUACUGUUACUACUGGGAGCUCUGUCCUCACUAACAGGGGUGAGUGUGUACAUGGCCUACUCUGCUGCAGUCUUCCAGGAGGCUCUGUGUCUGGCUGAGCAGCUGGGGGUCAAUAUGAAGGGGGUCCAGAUCCUGUUUGGCUGGUCCCUGGUCCUGGCCUGGAUCUCUAGUGGAACACAGCUAUUCACCUCUGCUGGCUUCCUGCUGGCCUGCAGAACCAUCACUACACAGAGACAGGAACUGAAAUUAUGAGACAGGGAGGGAGGGGGGGGGGGUGGAGAGAGCAGGAGGGAGAG